GAGAGAGCGGCGGACGUGAAAGAAGCCUCCCUCGAGAGUGUCGUUGUUAGCCGCCGCUUCUGCGGACGUGAAGAAUCGAGCUACUCAGUCCGCUUUAUCGUAUCUCCUUCUAAUCCUCAACCCGGAGCCUUAAAGGAGGCACUCUGACCUCAGUACUAAACGAGACAUGAGCCAGAUCACGCACUGGAAUGGAAGCUGCGUUAGCAAUUGCAGCCGGGCAGACAUGGUACCCGAGAUCGCCGCUGCCGUGGGCUUCGUGUCCAGCUUGCUCCGGACCCGGGGCUGCGUUAGUGAGCAGCAGCUUCAGGUUUUCAGCGGGGCCCUCGAAGAGGCGCUCACAGAGCAUUACAAACAUCACUGGUUCCCUGAGAAACCCUUCAAAGGCUCUGGCUACCGCUGCAUCCGUAUCAACCAUAAAAUGGACCCUAUCAUCAGCAAGGCAGCUUGCCAGAUUGGACUCAGCCUCCAGCAGUUAUACCAGCUGCUCCCCAGUGAACUCACACUCUGGGUAGACCCUUUUGAGGUUUCCUACCGGAUUGGUGAGGAUGGAUCCAUCUGUGUUUUAUAUGAGGGAUCAGCAGCACCUGUGAGCUCCUAUGGGAUGCUCACUUGCAAAAAUCAGAUGAUGCUGGGGCGCACCAGCCCUUCCAAAAACUACAUGAUGACAGUCUCCAGCUAAACGCUCCCAGUUGUCUUUACACUGCCAAGACAUGGGCUACUGUAUACCUCACCUGAGGAUGUAUUUUUAAAAAAUGAAGAGCUAUUUAUAUUUUUUUAAAAAAGAGAAAAUCCAAAAUGAAACCCAGUAGCAGGCACUGCUCUUUCUGUGGAGUGGUGUUGAGGUGCCUUUCUAAAGCUGUUGCAAGCUUGUGAGUUUAUUAAAACAAUGCCAAUAUCUACCUAAUUAGUGUUGGAUGACAAUUCUGGAGGGUUGGCCUGCCUAUCUGGGAAACUGCAGGGUUGGGAACCAGAGUGCGGGGAGUGGAGCAGGGCACAGCACUUUUAAGCAGUGACUCAUUCUGGGGUAAGUGCUACAACAACUGUGAAUCUCAAGGCCAGAGUGCAAGGAUGGUAGUACUUAAGCAAUGAACCAUGUGUGUUGAUGGGACAUUGUGAGCUUAUUCUAGCCUUGCCUUUUCAUUUCUUCAAAAGUUGCCUGUUCAUUUUCUUACACUGAUACAAGUUUGUUUCCUCACCAGUUUCACCCGCUAUCCCUGUCUGAUUAACUCUUCGCCUCCCCAUGACAUCAGUGCAUUUUGUUAAAACACCCAGUCACAAUUGUAGCCACAUUUUCAGUCCCUUGGGUAGUGGGGUUUCAAGUGUUGGCCCAUCACUUCGCACAGGAGUUUGAUUCCUUUCUGCACCUCAUCCUGUUCCUCAUGUUCAUGCAAAAUUCCCAGUUUGCAUUGUGAAAUACUAAGGAACUUUGCUUGGCAGGCAGGUCCAGGAUCUGGUACAUCUAUCUCAAUCCAGUCCUAAAUAGAGUUACACCCUUCUAAGUCCAGUGGGCUUAGAAGGGUGUAACACUGUUUAGAUUGUACUGUCUGGUUACUCUGGAAAUCAACUCCCAUACACAGAAAUAAAAUGGUCAGGCCAACAUGAACUUAAUCCACCUGUCUGGAAAAUGUUCACCGGGUUUUGUCUGUUUCACUGCCUUUAUCUUGCCCUUGCAAAAUUCCUGACAAUGCUGCCAAUAAAUGCUGAGAAGCAAUUACAAAAACAGGGCACUUAACUUUUAAAAAUCUGCUUCAGAGCACAUGGUUGGUUUGACUCUUCUGUUUUGAAGAGGCAACUGCUUUGCAACCCCCCAGAGUUGCUCCUCCUACCUUUUGUGAAUUGAGUUCUCAGACACUGUGCAAUAUGUUUUAUAAACCUUGGGCACUCUGGAGGAGGAGGAAAUUCUCUGGGAUAGCUUCUGUUGUCAAAGCAUCUGUAAUUUUUUAAAACAUUCUGAUACAACUUUUCAAAUGUUUGUGUUUGGGUAUGUGAAUAUCUGAACUGGGAAAUCUCAGCUCCACAACAGCAUGCCAUUUAAAGAAGUAUGAUGGCCUUUUGUACAGAAUAGUUUAAAAGAUUUUUUUAAAGGGCCUGAUCUGUCAGAAUUUUCUUUUGUGCAGCCACUGAGAUGAAUGGAAACUUUGCAAGAACUUUGAGUAUAUUCUUGUAUUCAUAUCAGUGAUGCUUGCACAUGAGAAGUUCUGGUGCAUUGUGUCCCAGAUCUCUUAACUUGCAAAAUCUGAAACUGCAAACCAGUGCAGCAGUUAAUUAUUUUGUUUCUUCUGAUUCCAUAUAUAAUGCUCUUGUUUUGAAGAGCAGAGCCUCUAGUCAGCAAAUACAAAAGUUGUGAAGCACUAAGGGUUCCCUAUAAGCUAAAGUGUCUCCACUCCGUUAGCAUAAUUGUGCAAUAUUUGGUGACAUAUUAAGGGGAACAUUUUCUGCACUGUAGCUUCCUCCUCCUAGAAAAGUUUCUGUUCUAGUCUGCAUGGGAGCCUCAUUCCUUAUCUCGUGCAUAGAAAACAUUAUACGAGUGGGAACUGUAGUAUGUCCAGGAAAAAUGUUUAUUUUGCUACACUCCCUGCCUCUACGUGGAAUUUCCCAAAUGCCAGUACUUGUUUGGCUUGCCAGGCUGCCAUGAUUAAUGCAACUCUGUUUAAAGGUAUCUUGACAUUUCCUUUUACUCCCUCUGUACCAACUAAAGGUGCUUGUGAAAACCAAAUGCUUAUUCCAUCCCCUUUGUUUUCCUCCCCAGUGUCCUUGAAAGGUUGUUGGGGGAAACAAGUAAAGGUUACCAAAUAGCGUGCUAUUGUAUCUGGCAUGGAAUCUAGUACUAGGAUGUUUUUGUUAGCCUUAAGCCAACCAAAUUUGGACAGGAUCUAUUUUGUAAUUUGUGCAUGUAAAAGCUGUGAAUUGAUGUAUGCUCUUUGUUGCCUUCUAAUGACAAGCCUGACACAAUCUGUUGCAGUGCUGAAGAACUGUGUCUUAGGAACAGCCUUUGCGUGUGAGUGUGUCUUUCUCCCCCUCUUUUCAAAAAAGUUUGCAAAACUUGAGCUGGACUAUUGAAUGGGACCUACUUUCAUAAUUGGUGAAAAUAAUUGAAAAGUUUGUAAGCUAUUUUGUGUUGGGGGUUGGGAGGGGAGGGCUAAGCAUUGUACAAUAGUUUUUAUAUGCAAAAUGUACAGAUAUAUUGAGAAAUGUACACUUUUGUUACUUUAAUAAAAAUGUAGCAAUUGAAGUAUGUUGCUGGAAAGAUACAAAGUACUUGUUCCUUCUUUGCAAAAAGAUUCCCAACAACUUUG